CAAAAAUUUACAAAAUUCUACUGGUAUAUGGCCAGCUUUACUCAAAUUACUUGUUUAAUACCUGUUCUAUACUAGAUGUCCAAGGGCGAUGAGUCAAACAUAUGUUUUUCUCUUGCAGGUUACAAGAUCUUUUUCAGCAAGAAAAGGGACGCAAACGGCCAUCAGUUCCUGCUAGUCCUGGCCGAAUGAGGCAAGGAGAUGACAGUAAGGGAAGUGGCAUGGAUGCUUCACCACGAAAUUCCUUCUCUGCCCAAAAUGGAGAUAAAGAGGAUCGGUUUAUGACCCCUUUGUCCCAAAGCUCAACUGGUUCUACUCACCUGCAGAUACCAAGCCCCCCUGAGAUUGUGACUGAUCAGAUGUUAACUGCUACUUUCAAUUCAGCAGAAAUGGACACUGCUAGCAGCAGUGAAGAUGUGUUCGAUGGGCAUUUGUUAGGAUCAACCGACAGUCAAGUGAAAGAGAAAUCCACAAUGAAAGCAAUUUUUGCUAAUCUGCUUCCUGGAAACAAUUACAAUCCGAUUCCACUGCCUUUUGAUCCAGAUAAACACUAUUUAAUGUACGAGCAUGAGCGAGUCCCUAUAGCCGUGUGUGAGAAGGAACCAAGUUCUAUCAUAGCCUUUGCUCUCAGCUGUAAAGAAUAUAGAAAUGCACUGGAUGAUUUGUCCAAAGCAUCUGUAAAGAGCUGUGUGGAAGAAGCGUCUCUUCCUACCAGUAUGAUUGAAAGCAGACCGAAAACCAGCAGCCCUGCCAAAGCACCAGAGCCCAACCUGACGCAGUCAACCCGCACAGCUGAUGCAGAAACUCAGAGUGCCAGUAAAAAGCCUUCAGGGGUCUUGUCAUUCUUUCGUGGCACAGGUGGGAAAAGCCCAGACCUAUCUGCGCAGAGAAAAGAAACAUUGCGAGGUGCUGACAGUGCCUACUACCAAGUAGGACAGAUGGGCAGGGAAGGUGCAGAAAGUCAAGGAGUUGAACCUCAAGAUGAAUCUGAUGGUGGAGAUAAACAGAAAAAACAGUCUGGAAACCCUCAUGUUGAGCUGCAAUUCUCAGAUGCUAAUGCAAAGUUUUAUUGCCGUAUUUAUUAUGCUGGAGAAUUUCACAGAAUGCGCAAAGUAAUCUUGGGAAGCAGCGAGGAAGAUUUCAUUCGCUCCCUUGCACAUUGUGUUCCAUGGCAAGCUAGAGGUGGCAAGUCAGGAGCAGCUUUCUAUGCAACAGAAGAUGAUCGAUUUAUUUUGAAACAGAUGCCUCGUCUGGAAGUGCAGUCUUUCCUUGAUUUUGCUCCACACUACUUUACAUACAUCACAAACGCUGUUCAAAUGAAGAGGCCAACAGCACUUGCCAAGAUUCUAGGAGUGUAUAGGAUUGGCUACAAGAAUUCUCAGAACAACACAGAGAAGAAGUUGGAUCUGCUAGUCAUGGAAAACUUGUUUUAUGGCCGCAAAAUGGCACAGGUUUUUGAUCUGAAAGGUUCCCUGAGGAACAGGAAUGUGAAGACAGAUACUGGAAAGGAGAGCUGUGAUGUUGUGUUGCUAGAUGAAAAUCUGCUGAAACUGGUGCGUGACAACCCCCUGUACAUCCGGUCACACUGCAAGUCUGUCCUUCGAGCCUCCAUACACAGCGACUCCCACUUCCUAUCCAGCCACCUGAUCAUUGACUACUCUCUCUUAGUGGGACGAGAUGACACCACUGAUGAGCUUGUAGUUGGAAUUAUUGAUUACAUCCGAACAUUCACAUGGGACAAGAAACUUGAAAUGGUUGUCAAAUCUACUGGCAUCCUGGGUGGCCAAGGUAAGAUGCCAACUGUAGUUUCUCCAGAGCUGUAUCGCACUCGAUUCUGUGAAGCGAUGGAUAAGUAUUUUCUGAUGGUACCUGACCACUGGACUGGUCUUGGAGGCAACUGCUAGAAUUCAGAAGACUGGGAAAUUAAUCUUCACAGCACAAAACUUUGCUCAACAUUCUCUACUUGGGUUUUAUCUAUAUCUUUACAGCUUUUUAAUUACACUUCUAGAUUGUUGAUGGAAUGUUUAAAAACCUAAUUUAACUGUUUGUACAUAAAGAAAAUUGUGACUUGUAAAUCCAGGGAUUGUAUGUAAAUGAGACCUAUUUUAGCACGAGGACCAUGAGUAAAUGCUAUUCUGUUUUAAGAGAACUUUUCUCGAAAAACAGAAAAUGUCAAUAUGGUGACUGCUGUGCAGCCCGUAUCUUCAGACUUUGUAUAGUUUCAAGAUAGUCUCAUGUAUAGUUCUCUGGGACAUUUUUCAGCUGCCGGAGUUACUAGGGUGAAAUUGUAAGCACCUAAAUAUCUGUUGAUGACUUUACAUCUCUUCAUGUAUUCAUCUUUAGUACUAGUUUUGCUGUUCCAGGGCUUUAUUGGAAAAUCAAUUUCUGUCUUUAAAGGUCCAUUCAUCAUGCUUAGACUACAGUGCCAGGGUUAUUUGCUGCCAUAAAUGUGACAAAUUUUACAUUUGUUCAGUUUUGAUAUUUAUUGUUGCUUCUUGGAAGCUGAUAUAGAUGGCAUUCUGAUAUUGAAUGACUUGAUGAGCUUGAGAACAAUAAUUUCAAUUAUUAGAAUUACAGAUAGUUUCAUGUUUUGUUGGCAUUGCACUCAUUCUUUCCGAUAAAGGACUUUAACCAACAUUUCCUACCUAUUGGGGUUAAGCUGGGAAAUGUUGUAAGUGCCUCUGCUCUAGUAGUGCUCUAUUCUAAAGGCCUUAAUACCUCCGAUUAAAGAAUUAGUAUCAUGUGUUUCUGCCUUCAGCAGAAUGACUGACAUACACAGGCAUUGGAGCCAGAGGUGCAUGACACAGGACCAUUAGAAUGACCAGUUGAGCACUUCAAUAUGUAGAUAUGGGUCUGACGUGGAACGUCCAGAAUUAUAAAGGAAUCUUUAUCUGUACACCUCCGAAUGUUAAACUUUGCCAAGCUCAAUGGAUUAGUGAGGUUUUAAAGGUGCCUGUUGGUAUACGAGUAUGAAGGCUGCCCCCAGUGACUUUUUUCAGUGUGCGAACAUCAGGGCUGUUAUCUUUGCUUCAGUAAUUUGAGAGGCACUGAAUUUCCAAAUGGCAAGUUACUGAACAUUUCACAACACCUGACAUGCAAAAUGCUUGUUUGCGUCCAGUGGCUUACUGAGCAGUAAAGGGAAAGGAUGAAAGUCCCAAGGGCAUGCUUCUGCAAAAAUAAAGCAACCAUGACUCCUGUAAUAAGACCAGAUGCUAAAUGUGUGCUGACAACAAUGAUUUUUUUCCUUUUUUUUUUUUCUUCUUUUUUUAAACAGGAAUAUUUGAGUUUAAGCUGUAUACACUUACACGCACAGGCCCACAAAUAAUUCUCAAGCACACCAGCCCUUCUGGUAAAUCCCACAGCUGUUAUAUUUCCAUGCUAGGGCUAGAGAUUCGCCAGAUUUCAUAUUUAAGUUUUUGCUUAAAUUCCAUAUUCUUUCAUAAUGGAGCAUUUCCGUGAAGUUCUAAAUACAGUAAACAUGUAAAUGAACCUUUCAUCAGUAGUAGUUUUAAAAGUAGGUUGACUCUAUCAAGAGUGCAAAAACCUUUAUAAUAUGUGUUCCUUUUUAUUUUGUUUUAUAUUGCCGUAGAACGUUUUUUAUUUUAAUUUUUUUAUUGUUUUUUUUUUGUUUUGUUUUUUCAGAGAAGACAUUUUGUAGUGUAUAAGAUCAAAAUCUGUCUUGCUUUAUUUGCACACGUGCAUCUAUAUGAUUGCGUAUUGGACAGGAUACUUCUGCAGUUAUUAAAAUAGUUUAAUG